UAGCCUCACGUGGGUCAACAGCUGAUCGUGAGUGGGUGGGCAGCUGUGGUAUCUGUGACACCUGUGACAGGAGUAACAAUUGGCAGUUGAUUGAAGUAAUUAAUAGAAGACAUGAAGAUCAAUGAGAAGAAUAUGGUGGCUUUUGCGACAUCAGCAACUCCAGUGGAUCGUGAGGGGUGGCUGACGAAGAGAGGUGAGGUUAACAGGGGAUGCCAGAGACGAUGGUUCGUCCUCAAGGGUAAUAUACUCUUCUAUUUUGAUCGUCGAGGGGACAAGGUGCCCGUGGGGAUGAUUGUCCUGGAGGGAUGCACCAUCGAGCUCGCCGAGGCUGAGGAGCAAUUCGGAUUCAAAAUUGUCUUCCACGGGACCAACAACAGGAGCUACGUCCUGGGGGCUGAAUCGCAGGACUCGAUGGAGCAGUGGAUGAAAGCCCUUGCCUGCGCGAGCUACGACUACAUGAAGCUGAUGGUAGCGGAGCUCCAGAGACAGCUGGAUGCAGCCAAGGAAGACGCAGCGCAGCCCGACGACUCCCCUGAUGCAGAUCUGCCAAAAGCACCACCCAGGACGCGUCACAAUCCGUUCAACAGACCGGACUCCUCGUAUCAGAGGUCUCAGAGUGUCAGGUCGGCUCCAGGUAGAACCGAAAACAUCCCGAGGACCAAGGUCACGUUCAAGGAACUCCACACAGCCUAUGGCAGGCGAAUCCUGGCUGACAUCAACGAGUGGAAAUACGCCAAGAGAAAUGCAGAAGCUCCUCUCAUUACUCUCUAAAUCCCCCAUCCACUUUCCUUAAUUAAAUUCAUUAGCUGCCAAUUAUUAAUUAAUUCUCUGAUUUUCUAUUAAAAACAAGUGAUUACUGGGUAGUAAUUUCCCCUAGAAGAUCUGUAAAUUAAUAAUUACUGCAAAACAAAUAGCCAGUGAUAAUUAUUAAUUUACCCCUUCGACAACAAAUAAUUUUCCAAAGAUCAAUUGCAAAUCUCCCCAGGAACUAAAAA